UAUUCGUUAUCCUAAAAUUUUCAGAUAAAGUAAUUAAAAUGGCUCUUAAACGAAUCAACAAAGAACUGAAAGAUAUUGCAAAUGAUCCUCCUGCUCAGUGCUCAGCUGGACCUGUCGGAGACGAUCCAUUCCACUGGCAAGCAACCAUCCUAGGUCCUUCAGAAUCCCCGUUCGAGGGUGGAGUAUUCUUCCUCAACAUUCACUUCCCGACGGACUACCCCUUCAAGCCUCCAAAGUUUGCGUUUACUACGCGUAUCUAUCAUCCUAAUAUAAACAGUAACGGUGCGAUCUGUUUAGAUAUUCUCAGGUCUCAGUGGUCCCCAGCUCUCACUGUCUCAAAGGUGUUGUUGUCUAUCUGCUCCCUACUCUGUGACCCCAACCCCGACGACCCCCUCGUCCCUGAGAUCGCCAGGCUAUACAAGACGGACAUGAACAAGUACAACGACUGCGCAAAGGAGUGGACAAGAAAAUACGCCAUGUGAUCUAGCUUCGUUAAACACUAGCUUAAUUCAUCCUUCGCUGUCCUUGGAAGACGAUAUUAAACAUUUAAUUCAAUAUUCAGAUUAAAGAUUAGGUGGUAAUACGGUACACUUAGUUUUCUAAAACCUCUUUCCGGUUCAAUUAUAGGCUUUUAUUGAAUUCAGUCGUAUUCUAGACGAGUUACUUUAUCAACUAAUAUACAUUACAUCUAGUACUUAGGAUGAUAUGAGUACUAUACUUCAUUUAAUCAGCAGGAAUGG